AUGCCACUUAAAGUAGGGUCCGGCGUGGACUUUGUUCCUGACAGGGAUAUACCAAAUCUGUCCAACAAAGUGAUUUUUGUCACAGGUGGCACUGGAGGCUUAGGCAAAGCAGCCAUUCUUACCCUGAUCAAAAAGAAACCAUCCAAAAUCUACGUCACAGCUCGGAACCCUUCGAAAUUUCAAGACCUAGUCAACGAGAUCCAGGUCGAGAAUCCCAGCAUACAAGCAGUCUCAAUUCUUCACCUCCUCAACUGCGACCUCGCAGACCUCAAAACCGUCCAAUCAGCCGCCCACCAAGUCCUCACAUCGACAACCCCAAAGCUAGAUAUAUUCAUUGGCAGUGCAGGCGUAUUCCUCGCCUCCCCAGCUCUCACCAAAGAUGGCUACGAGGUCCAAUUCGGCACAAACCACAUGAGCCACGCUCUCUUCAUCAAACUCCUCUUACCGCUCCUCCAGAAGAGCCCAGACCCUCGCAUUGUGCUGUUCACUUCGGGCGCGUUCGCCAUGCAUCCUGCGGGGGGAAUACUGUUCGAUAGUCUGCACACGACGCAAGAGAAGGAAUUCAGAAUCGCUGCGCCUUGGCGAUUGUACGCACAAAGUAAACUGGCAAAUGUGCUGUUUUGUGCGGAGCUGGCGAGGAGGUAUGCGGAUGUAGCGGCUGUGUCGGUGCAUCCGGGCGAGGUUUACACGGACGGGUUUGCGAAUGUAGGGCAGUGGAGUAGACGGAUUCUUGUGGCGAUGAGUAUGAAUAAAUUCAUGACUCCUGAGGAGGGGAGUAGGAAUGCGUUGUGGGCUGUUACUGCGCCUUUGUAUAAGGGGGAGGUUGGUAACGGGGAGGGUGUGAAGGAGAGUGAAAAGGGUCUUGUGGUUAAUGGUUCUUACUAUGAGCCCGUUGGUGUCCCGGGGAAGCAUAUGAGGUCGUCGACGGAUGGGGAUUUGGCGAGGAGGCUGUGGGAGUGGACUGAGAAGGAGCUGGAGAAGUUUAAUUAA